GCUCGCAGCUUCUGAUACAUGAGCAGGGCACGGGCGCACGUCGGUAGCGGUCCUUCACUUUCCUAAUCAUUUCACGCUUCUUUCAGAGCUUUUUUUCCACCUAAAACGUUUAGUUUCAGCUCACUGAACACUUGCAACGGCGCGACAGGGAGCGGAAGAUUCGAAUUAUUUCAAUCCAUAACUUGCCAAAAGCCACUGUUAAAAAAGAGAAGAAAAAUUGUUCUUUUUAUUUUUUUUACUUAUCCAUACUAAGUCCUCUCACAGGCAUGGAAACAGAGCAAAGGGGCACGUCGGACAGACAAGGCAGAUCAGGACAUGGCGGGGUGAACCAGCUGGGCGGGGUGUUUGUGAAUGGGCGCCCCCUGCCAGAUGUGGUGCGCCAGCGCAUCGUGGAGCUGGCACACCAGGGCGUGCGACCCUGCGACAUCUCGCGGCAGCUCCGCGUCAGCCACGGCUGCGUCAGCAAGAUCCUGGGCAGAUACUAUGAGACUGGCAGCAUCCGUCCGGGGGUCAUCGGCGGGUCCAAACCGAAGGUGGCCACACCCAAAGUCGUGGACAAAAUCGCGGACUACAAGCGGCAGAACCCCACCAUGUUUGCAUGGGAGAUCAGGGACAGGCUGCUGGCCGAGAGAGUGUGUGACAACGACACGGUGCCCAGUGUCAGCUCCAUCAACAGGAUCAUCCGGACUAAAGUGCAACAACCUCCCAACCAGCCUGGCUCUCACAACAUAGCGUCCACGGCGACGGUGACUCAGCUGUCCAGCGACGCGGCCGGCUCCUCCUACUCCAUCAGCGGCAUUUUGGGGAUCAGCUCCGCCGACGCCGGCAAGCGUAAAAGGGAAGAAGUGCUGCAGGAGUCGACACUGGCCAAUGGCAACUCGCACCCGGGGCGGGACUUCCUGAGGAAGCAGAUGAGAGGAGAGCUUUUUGCGCCACCACAGUUAGAGGUACUGGAGCCCCUGUUUGACAGGCAGCUUUUCCCCGACCUCAUCCCCUACCCAGAUCCCCGAAAACACCAGGAGACAGCAGACUACUCCACCAUGGCCACCCUGGCAGGCGGUCUGGCUGACAUGAAGAGCGGCCUGGGCAGCGCUGGGCAGACGGAGCUGGGCGCCAGCGUGCCGGGAGCUCAGCCAUACUCACUGGUGCCAGGUCGAGACCUGGCGAGUACCACCCUGCCAGGGUAUCCCCCUCAUGUGCCCCCUGCUGGACAGGGCAGUUACAGCACCCCAUCCCUGCCUGGAAUGGUGCCAGGUGGAGACUUCUCCAACGGCCCCUACUCCCACGCUCAAUACCCCACGUACAACGAGUCCUGGAGGUUCCCCAACCCUGGCCUCUUAGGCUCUCCAUACUACUACAGUGCAGCCACUAGGGGGCCUAGUCCAGCGACCACCGCUGCUGCCUAUGACCGCCACUGACCCCCCAACACCCAAAGAGAUAGAGCCAGAGAGAGAGAGAGCGAGGAGGAGGACAGUACCACCUACAGGAAGGGGGAGGUGAAGGCUGUGUUGAGGCCAGGAGCCCAAUCAUUUAACCCUCACCACCCGCAACAGCUGACGCAGUCCACUAUCAUGGUGCUGAACUGAGACAGGAAAGCAUGUGCAGAGACACGGCAAUACAUAAGAUAACAGGCAGGGGGCAGCGUGUGAAACGUCAUAUCAAGGAUGCUCCACAAGGACGUGCGCCAGUAGAAUGCAAAACGUAGCCGUUAAGUACAAGACAUAUUUUUUGAUCAGUCCAUUUAUUUACUGAUUAUUUUUGAGGAUAUGUAUGAAAGCCCAUACUUCCGGAAGUAUUCAUCAGCUGUACUUCAUGAUAUUGGGAUAAAUAUGUGCGGCAGUGACCGCUUCAGACAAAUCAAACAAUUUUUUUCAGAGCGCGAGUUUCGUAAUCUGACUUCACAAAUGCCUUACUCCUUUGUCCCAGACAAAUGAAAUGCCACAUAACCGUCAAUGUCAAUGCUCCAAUCAGAGCGGCCGAUAGCUGGAGGUCAGGUGCAGCGAUCUGAAUGCUCCAAUCAGAGCGGCCGAUAGCUGGAGGUCAGGUGCAGCGAUCUGGUUGGCGACGGCCCUUUUUAAACUUGUGCUAGAUGGGACUCUAAACCCUCAUAGAAUUCGGACGCUGUUGCCGGGUUCCUGUCCUACAGCUGCAUCUCACGCGCAGCUGGAUCUCACGCGCAGCUGCGUCUCUCAUCCAGCUGCUUCUCACGCGCAGCUGGAUAUCACGCGCAGCUGCAUCUCUCAUGUAGCUGCAUCUCACGCCAGCUGGAUCUCGCGCGCAGCUGGAUCUCAUGCGCAGUUGGAUCUCAUGCGCAGCUGGAUCUCAUGCGCAGCUGGAUCUCAUGCGCAGUUGGAUCUCAGGCACAGUUGGAUCUCAUACACAGCUCUCCUUGUCUGAUUAGUCCACAGCACUUCACACUGAGGCUAGAGAUUUCCUUAAUAUUUUAAUUAAAAGUCUUUUUUUACUGACUUUGGAAUCCCAGAAUUUAAUUAGAAAAAAGUAAAAAAAAAAAAGAAAAAAAGUAAUCUGAAAUGUACUUUAUCGUUUGAAUAAUAAUCUAAAUCACAAAAUCCAUGGAGCGGAUUGAAAAAUUAAGAAGAAAAGGUGGAACAAAAACAAUCAUAUAUACAACCACCUGUCAGCUGAGGCCUCUGAGGUCCUGAUGCAGGGCAAGUCCAAACAUUUUGUUCUGAAAUUGCAUUUCCGUUUGAAAGGAGAAAACCUAUAAGCCUUGUGGGAGGAUAAUAUGAUCUGUUCAAUGUUCUGGACAACAUCAGUUUGACACUAAGGACGCUAGCCUGAGCCUGCAGUGGAACUGGUGGUGUUGCAGUGACAGACAGCCCUCGCCUGUUAUUCUGCACUGCGGAUAAUCUGAGGAAGGGUCAUACCACUUAUACACAGUGGAAAAUCUAGACGGAAGAUGAGACGGAUGGGGAGCGACGGAGUCUCGCUCAUAGCAAAUGUCGAGAAAUAAGGUGUUUUUGGGAAGCCUCAAACUCAGGUCAGAGUCCCGCCGUUGUCCAAGGGAACGAGACACAGGAGCAGAAGCCGUUCACAAUCUCUGUUUGACAGACACACCUGCCCGAUAUCCUGAAGUGUGACACCAGCGGACCGCGAUACGAGCCGAGGAGGGAAAUGCUAACGUGCUAAACCGAGGAACAAAAACAGCUGUGUGCCAAGAGAAUCGUGCCAGUGAACACGUUCUUCUUCAAAAUCUAGUUAGCGAACAAUAUAAAGUCUAUGUGUACAGUAAUGUAUUUAAAUGUGUACAGUCAGUAUGGACAAAUUAUGGGAUGUAGUCUGACUACACUGAUGGCACUGACGUGCCCCAAAUAGGGCGAAGCCACGAAAGGGGUGCAUUGUCUGCUUCCAUACACAGACACACAUGGUGAACAGUUGUAAAAUAAUCCAUACACGGUUCUGGUCGUAACAAAUUUAUUUAUGGAAAAAGAGGUUAAUAUAUUUAAACGUUUAAUAAACAGUAAUUAAUGUGGUGAGCUGAUUAAACAUUUGUUUAUAGAUUACUGUCUGAUUUUUAUGCCAGGUGAUAGAUAAUCUGUCACAGGACCAGGCCUGAUGAUUGUUUGGUUCCGGGAGUGUGUUACGUGCUCACAGAGUUGCUCAGAGAUGCUAAGAUCGCUGGCAGGUUGAUCCUCCAGUCAUAUAAAGCACAGAGAUGCAAAGGGCUUGUCUUACCAGUUGGACCAAAAAAAUAUAGUUUGGGUCACUGUUUUGGUACUUAGUUUGGGGUUAAUAGGCUAAAUAAGAUCAAUUUCUUGGUUAAAAUGAAAGAUUCCCGCUCUUGUACAGAAUUAGGCCGAGAUUGUGUUUCUGUGACGAUGACUUCUGUCAGGCACCAUCUUGGUGUUUCAAAUCUCUCUCUCUCAUUUUCCUAAAACCUUUGGUAAUGUGACCCUGUUUGAAUCGACCAAGGUUAAUACGACAUAGAUCAGUCUUUUCCUUCAAGGAGAGUGAGUUAAAUUUUACUUAUACUUCUAUUUUAGGAAUUUCUAGAUGGGAUGGAAUGCAAAAGUGAUAUUUUUCCCUGCCUGUUUUGUGUAAAGUCUUGACUUGUUUUUAUUAACCCAAAGUUGCUUGGAUGCAACUCUAAAAAAAAAAAGACCUUAGAGUUCUCUGCGGCGUUGUGGUGAACUUACCCUCAUACCUUUUCCCAGAGGCAUUAUCAACCUGAGGUACACCAGCUACAAUCCAGGACAGUGCCUUUUCUAACUGCUUCUUCAAGGUCGCCGAAACAUCCGUAGACCGCUAAUAGUUUGCAGCAUCCUGUAGACUCUGUGAGAUUCGCUCGGACUUGGGAGUCAACCUGUCCACGAGCCAAAUCGAUGACUAGACACAGAUCCUACUAAUCGGCGGACAGGCCUGAAAGCUCAGUAGGCAUGCGGCAGUUGAUUUGCUCAUAGUGACAUUAUAUUUUGGAGACAACAGUUGAUGUUGCUGAUUAUGCAACAUGUUGAAUCGGUGAACUGAUCUCCCAGAUCUCUCUUUGGAUUCUUCUGACAUGAAUUGUUUGUGGUUUGUGUGUUUAUGAAGAGCGACACACAAUCUAUCUGAACAGAAAUUAUUUAUUUUUACGCAAACUCCUUUGCCGUGACGGACUGAGGAUACACGGCUACCCACUGAGACACACCCCCCCCCCCCUCCCAUUUAAAUCCAUUGGUUAUAUUUGGGGUAUUCCCAGUAGAACCCGGAUCCAGGCUCACCAGAAAAUAAACAGAACCUUUGCUGAUGUCCUCCUUGGGACAUUGACCCUGCAACCCUCCCCGGGAAGCAGAACUACACCAUCAAUCCCCCUCCACCCCCACCAUAAUCCUAUCAGAUAUGCCCCCCCCCACGUUUGCGUCCCAGGGAUGCCCCCUCCUACCCUGACAGUGGGAUUACGACUAUUACGACCAGCCUGCCGAUCGGAUUCCCUGACCUUUCCUAAAGUGCUCCGUUUCCCAGUGAAAUAUGAUUACAUUGUUGGAUAUGGGACAUUAGACAUAUUUAAAUUCAGAGUCCUGAAGGCUGCAUAGGGAUUCAUAGAAUAUGAAAAUGCUUAUCGGUUGAAUUAUUGAACAGGCAGUACGUUCAAAUGCAUGCACAGGCCAGGAUUUCGCCCAGCUUAGUCAGUAUCCUAGGGUAAAUAGCAAAAUAAAAAAUGGAUGAAACCAUUAACAAAUGAGAUGGUUCCACUUUGACGGGUCAGGCAGUGAUUUCAGCUCCAUUGUCAUUUACGCUCUCACACACACACACACACACACACACACACAACAAGGCUUGACAUGGUUGAUCCUGUUGAAAACAUCACUAGCGUGCUAAGCUAACUUGACUGAGUGAUAAAAUUUCCGGAAUUGUUUUGUUCAUGUUUAUUUCUCAGUGAUGAUGUUUUGGUUGAGUAAUCAGCUAUCCAUUAAUUGAAGAGCUAAUUUCCAAAACUCAGUUCAUUUUUUGUUGUUUUUGUGAUGAGACGGCCAGUUCGCUAAAAUCAGGCCUCCUCAUCAUAUGUUAGCGUAUUGGGAACCAAAUCUCACUCAGUCGUUAUCCAAUGAAAAACUCUCUUUAAAUUUCCAAAACUCACUAAUUGCAUAGAAACUUUCUUGAAAAUGUAUCCCGUGGACUGAGUGAGUUUUAGAAAUUUGCUCUUCAGUUGUGUUUGGAGUUAUUGCUGCAGUAUCACUCGAGAUGUUUACCAUUGUUUAUGACAAAUUUUUUCGGGGUAUGAAAUCAGAAACUAUGCUUAAGACUAAACGUUAGCUAAGUAGUGUGAGAUAUCACCUUCCGGCUGCCGUUUCUGCAGCUCCCGAGUCCCACAGCCCUCCUCCCUGCCUUCAGUAGUGAAAUUUUCAUCUCCAUCCUGCAAUGAGAAGCAAAGAUGGUCAUGUGAUGGGUACAGAAGUAUCGUUAACUGCCAGACAUGUUCUAUUAAGGGAAACACGCCGAAACAGAAGUCCGACCGCAUUUCUGUAGGAUCCACCAAAGUCGAAAAUAUUUUGAGUGUCAUGUUGUUUCAAAAAGACAAAAGAUGAACAGCAGAAAAUAUUAAAAUGCCUUCAAAUGAGUGACAACAAUGAAAAAUUAAUAAUAUUCAAUGAAACAAAUGCUUCCUUAAGAAAACUGUAUGUUUUUCUUACAUUUUCUAGUCUUUCUAGUAUUCUAGUAAUUUGUUGAAAACAAAUUUGUUGUUCUUUCAUUGUGUCAUGUGCUGUCUGAAUAUUUGAAUGUAUUUACAGGAGUGCCAGUUUGCCAAAGAUAUCAAAUCACUGGAUUUUCCUUUAACUUUCUUUUGAUUUUGGAAUUGUCCAGACUGGAUAUUGUGACUUUAAUAUUAGGGUUAUUUUUCAGGUUUAUAUAGUCAUUGUUAAUAUCAUUGCAUAUCCGGUUUGAAUUGGUUUCUUGCUGGUUCCUUUUCUGGGUUUUAUACGUCAGACCUGAGUGGUUCUGCUUGCCGGCCCCUUGUACCUGCAGAGAAAGGGGAUGGCAGCUCGAUCAGAUACGCGGCUCUCUUCAGUGUCAUUUGUGAAUCCUCGUUUUAUGUACCUGUACUGUGAGACAAGAUUUAAUUAUUUGUAAAUACUUGCCAUGAUUUUAUCGGUUCUUGAAAAUAAAAGUAAUUUUUUAAAGUU